AAGGCCGUCCGCCUGGGAUAUCACCAGGAGCCCGGCGUCCCCGCAUCCCGCCAGGCGCGGCGGCACGAAAUGGCGGGCGGGGCAGGGGCCGCCCCUCAGGCCGGGCGGCGGCGGAAGGGGCGGGCGGCAGCGGCAACGUGGGAUCGCCAUGGGCCGUAAGAAGAACAAGAGGGGAUCGGGCGGCCGUGAGGGGCGGCUAGUGGUGACUUUCGACGAGGAGAGGCGGAGGGAGUACCUGACCGGCUUCCACAAGCGGAAGGUGGAGCGGAGGAAGGCGGCGCUGGAGGAGAUCAAGCGGAAGCUGAAGGAGGAGCAGAGGAAGAUGAAGGAGGAGCGGCACCAAGAGUACCUGAAGAUGCUGAGCGAGAGGGAGGAGGCGCUCGAUGAGGCUGACGAACUGGAGCACUUGGUGACAUCGCGUACAGAGUCUGUGAACAUCGACCACCCAAACCACGUUGUAACAGUGACCACCAUCAGUGACCUGGACCUCUCAGGGGCACGCCAGCUGGGACUGACCACCCCUGUGGGAAAAAGUGAUGGAUCAGAAGGAGAGCAAGAGGAAGAGGUGUCAAACAAGCCUGUGAGAACGAUGCCCAAAAAGGCCAGAAACCCCUUCCUGUCUGAAAAGAUUUCUUCUCUUACUGCCACACUGCACAUGCACAGCCGGAAAAAGACAAAAGGAAAGCGACCUCAACGUGGGCAAGGCCCACGCAAGAAAAUGCAGAAAUCCAGCACGGGGCGGACCACUAAGACUCAGCGGCGGAGACUGACGGGCAAAAUGGGCCGUGACCAAGAUUAGCAGAGAACGUGGAGCUCAGACUGGCAUCUGGGACAGCACUCCACAUCUGGCCUGCUGCUCUUUGGAGCCCCUUCAUUGUGGGCAAGGGCCUGGUUUACUUGGGUCUAUGACCAGCAGUGAACCCACUUCAGCCUUUUCUCGUGUCCUGAGCACUGGCCUGGGUGACUAGAUGCUGUACCCAUUUAUUUCUGCACUGAUCUCCAGCUAAAUGUCUCAGUGCCACAGAGUCUCUUAAAAACUUAUGCUGGAAGUCAGCUUCUCUACUUGGUGUAGCCCUUUUGUCCUUGGGCCUUCCCUUGCGGAGCCAAUAGUUGGCUUUAUCAAAGGAAGUGAUCUGUCGCUUAGUACAACAGGCACAUCGUCAGGGUGAUUUAUGCAACUAGGAAGGACUCUGCUGCUCGUGCAUCAGUGCUCUGGCAUGUCUGCUGUGCAGUAAAUCCUUUUUCCAUGGAGAUAUGGUGUCAUCUUGUCUCAUGUGUUACCCUGGCAGUCAGGCAUGGCACCAGAGGGGAAUUUUUUGUUUGGUACCAGUGCCAGGUGAAAUUUGUUAACUUUGUGAAUAAAUCUUUACGAAGUAAUUUUGCUAAGAGAGAAA